AUGCAUUCAAUGGUAGGAGCAUUUGCUCCAUAUACAAUAAAAAGACGUCGAGUUGAAAUUGUUCGUGGUUAUUGUUAUCAUUUUUUACAAUGUAGUUUUCCAUGUGGUAUUAUCAUGCUUAUACUAUCACUUUUAUUUAUUAUUAUUGGUACUAUUCAACUUAUUUAUAUAAUUCAUUUUAAUGGUUGUAAUACAUUGACAAUAUCGAAUAAUGAAAAUAAUAUAAAUAAUAAUUUACCAAUAGUAUCAUCAUCAUCAUCAUCAUCAUUUAAAUGUAAUCGACAAACGGUUAAAGUAUUAGGUAUUACAUUUGUUGUUACGGGUUCAGUUUUAUUUUUAAUAAGUCUUCUUAUUAUAAAAUAUUCACGAUCAAGUGAAGAAAAUAAUGUUAUUCGAACAACAACAUCAUCAUUAUUAACGAAUAAUACAAAAACUAAUCAAAAUCAACAUCAUCAUCCAACAUCUCAUUAUUAUCAUACACCAUCAUCUUCAAUAAAUGAUCAAAAUAAUGUUGUCGUUUCAAUACGAUAG